AAUAUGGUAUCGGAGGACCGUAAUCGGGCUUCAAGAUCACCGACGCUCGGCAGGAUCAACGCAGCAAGGGUUUCCAAUUGGAUUUCCGCUCUCUCUUGUUUGGCUGAAGAAUUUCAGACUCGACGCCUCUCCCGCCAUCUCUUUCGUUGAUGGAAAAAGGCGAAGUUAGGGAGACAAUUACAAGAUCGUUGCAGAAACUCGAUUUGAAUCCCAAUUCAGACUCCCCCAAAUCCAAAGGAAACAAUCCUUCCGCCUUCCAGCUCUCCAUAUUGCCACUUGAGAAGGCAAGGCCUCCCACUUUGGUCAGCCUAUGCCUUGGUGUUAUUGGGAGGCACUUUGAGGAUAUCAUUGAGGACUUGGGAGAGAUUGCUGCCAAUUUUCCUGCUGAUAUUAAGAUGGCAAUGGCAGCAAUUGCAAAAAGAAGAAAGUUAUUGAAUGAUGAUGUCAUUAUAUCACUGGCUGAUAGCUCAUGGAGAAUCCUUGAUUUGUCCAGUUCAGAUGUUUCUGAUUUUGGCUUAUCAAGAAUUGCAGCAAUUUGCAAAUUUAUCCGAGCAGUGGAUAUAAGCCGAUGCAGCAAAAUCACAUCUCUUGGUGUUUAUGAACUAGUGCAACAUUGUCGUUCAUUGGAGAUAUUAAGAUGCGGAGGGUGCCCUAGGAGUGACAACACUGCCCGCAGAUGCUUGGGUAUCUUGAAACCAAGCCUAGAAGAUGUGGAGGGGGAGUCCUGGGAGGAACUCGAUACCUUGGAGAUUGCUCAUGGUGCACCAUCGCUGCGCUGGCUUGUAUGGCCAAAGAUUGACAAGGAUUCAUUGGAGAGCUUGUCCACUGAGUGUCCACGGAUCAUAGUAAACCCCAAGCCAUCGCCUUUUGGCUACAGGGGUGCAGAGGUUCCCAGAGAAGCACUGCCAAAUAUACCAUUGGAUGAUCCUAUUGUCAAAGAUAUUGAUCCCAAAACAUGGUCAGUUUAUGGGUAUGCAGCCAGGUCCACUGCUGCAUCUGUUUCCAACCCCACGGAUCUGCCAAUGGCUGAAAAAUUCAGGCUUGCAUUCGUGGAGAGGGACAACCGGUUGGCGCCAAAACGCGCGAAGAAUGCAAGGCAGCAUCAACGGCGUGCAGAGAGGGAAUGGGUGAUGACUAGUACGAAUGCAAAAGCAAUAGCUCUUGCCUCACAAGCAAGCAAAUCACUGCACAAUCGAACCUAG